GUUGAUGUGAGCGUAAGAUAAGAUACGUUGACUUGGACUACAUAUAUUCUCUUCUGUUUUUGAACAAAUGAAAUAUUCCCGUGAGAUAUCAAGCAAAUGGUCGCUUUUCAGGCACCAUGGUGGAUUUGGGCUUUUUCUAAAACUAAAGAAGCGGCACAAAUGCAAAAAUCAUAAACACCUAGCAAUUAUGCAAUGCAAUUGGGGAUCAAUUUCAAAAUAUCAAACACCAGGAGCAAAAGUAGCCAAAGACCAAAAGGAAACAAAGUAAAAACAACAAGAAAAGCAAACACCCUCAUACCAAUUUUGUUGACUUCAAAGAGAACCUAUCAAGGACCUUUGGAGAGUAAAACACAAGAAAAGAAACGCCAACACAAGCAUGACAUCCAAAAAACGCCGCCUUCGCCAGCGCUCCAAAUUUGCCCUCCCCUGAAUCCCUUUCCGUGUUGGGCAUUGCGCGAUGAUGAGAGAAAGGAAAAAGAACAUAGAGAAAGAAUGACUGGAAGAAGGAGAAGAAGAAGAAAAGGGGGGGGGGAUUGCCCCCAAAAAGAAGAGGAAGAAAAAAACAAGAAAUAUGUAAAGAGGAUGAACAAGGUGAUCCAUCUCCUCAUAUCAAUAUAAAUAUCCCAGCCAACCGAACCCAGCCCAGCCCAAACGUCGCCGCUUAUACCACUCUUUAUGUACCCUCCGUUGCAUAAAUUCAAAGCAUAGGGGAAAAUGAAAAUU